AUGACGUACACCAGGAAGCAGGUCGUGACUUGCAUCAGCGUGCUAUAUCUCGUCAUCGCAACCGCGCUCGCAGGGUGGGCUGCCUCCCGCGCGAACGCUCGUUCAGUGCCCAUCUCCGACACAUUGACCGGCUUCACUACGGCUCUACCCAUCGUCUCAGGCCUCCUGCUCGAGUGCGGCUAUGACUUCACGCGUCGGCAAGAGCGUCGCAAGCAUCUGGGCCGCGGCGAGAUCCAGCGCCCGCCACUCGUAAUCAUCGCGAACACGCUCAUCUUCAUCUACUCGACGGUCGUCGUUACCCUCGUCGGCACUCAUGUCGCGCCGCCUUCUGGGUUAGAUUGCGGACUGCGCGAGCGCUGGCAGACGUUGUUCAAGCACAAGGAUGCGAGUGCCAUCCGCCAGAUCCAGGAUGCCUUUGAGUGCUGUGGCCUCGCCAACGCGCGCGACAUGGCAUGGCCUUUCCCAGACAAGACACACAAGGCCGACGCAUGCCAGAUCACGUAUGCUGGCAGAGCUGAUGGCUGCUUUAAAUUCUGGAAGGCUGAGGAGCAAGUGGUUGCCGGCAUGCUCAUGUCCGUCGUGGGCAUGGUUUUCAUCUGGCAGAUCCUCAUCAUCGCUAUUCCCACACAGAAGGAGUCCUGGCUGCAUCGUAUUGCGCCGGAACGUAUCUCCCGCAUGAUUGCCGACGAGCGCAACGGCGACACCGAGCCUCGACGAGCCAUCGAUUACAUACCCGGCUACAACAGCAACCGCUACUCUGACCGCAUCGAGGAGGAGACUGAAGAAGACAGCCAGGACUCAGUCCGUGCUAUUGAGGAGGGCAAUCGCCGCCUCGAUGGCGCGCUGCCAGGACAUGUUGAGCGCGACCAGCAGCCUAGUGUCGAGAACGAAUGGGCGAGGAACUAG